CACCUUCACAAGUCACGCCAAGCGCUACCAGUAUUGUUUGAAUCUAAACCAGGGAAGGGUUCUUCUUCAAAUCAAUUCAGCUCGCAUAACUCAAAUUCACCUCCAUCUCCCUCACUCCAUCUCCACUGCAACAAGGUCCUGAACGCUAACUUGUGCUUCUGCACUCUGGAAGGCUAAAUUCAUCAAAAUCCAAAAUUGAAGAAAUAAAGGAGUAAAGUGUUCCAAUGUGUUCUCCAUAGUUUGAAGAAUUCACAAUAAAAAAUUACCCGAAGCUAUUCUCCGAUGGUGGAUAAAUCAAGACCUAGCACAUUAACCGUUUACCUCUAUGUUCCCAAUGUUAUUGGCUAUGCGAGAAUUAUAAUGAAUUGCUUUGCUUUCGCGAUAUGCUUUGAGAACAAGCGUAUUUUUUCCAUACUGUAUUUCAUCAGUUUUGUAUUUGAUGCAUUGGAUGGUUGGUUUGCACGCAAAUUGAAUCAAGUUUCAACUUUUGGAGCUGUUCUUGACAUGGUUACUGAUAGAAUAAGUACUGCCUGUCUCUUGGUUAUUCUAUCCCAAGUUUAUAGACCUGGAUUUAUUUUCUUGUCAUUACUUGCUCUAGAUAUUGCCAGCCAUUGGUUGCAAAUGUAUAGUUCCUUCUUGGUGGGGAAAAGUAGUCAUAAGGAUGUCAAAGAUAGCACCAGCUGGCUGUUCAGGCUUUAUUAUGGAAAUCGGAAGUUCAUGGGUUACUGCUGUGUGUCUUGUGAGGUUCUUUACAUUGUUUUGUUUCUUCUGGGAAAGAAUCAGCCUGAGAAUAUCAGUGAAGUUUUAGUAAAUGCGGCUAUGCAGAGCUGGCUCUAUUUUUCUCUGCUUUCUAUGACUCUUAUUGGAUGGGCAAUCAAGCAACUAGUCAACGUAAUACAGAUUAAGACAGCUGCUGAUGCAUGCAUUCAUUACGACAUUGAUAAGCAGCGGUAGAAAGCAUUGGUGCAUUUGUGUUUUUCUUCGUAUUUUGGCGUUGACCUUGGCUAAAUGGACAUACGCGUUCUUGAACUUCUUAUGGUCGAGACUCGUUGGAAUCAGUAGCUGAUCAUAUAUAUUUGGAAGCAAACCUUGUGUCUUGUCUUGAUGAGCAAAAACAUUGAAAAGAACAGCAUGUGUACUCAUUGUUUGAAGCUCAAUUAGUUGGGCUCUUGUUAAAAGUACAAAAGGUCAAUUUCUUAUAUAAUGAAGCUGAUGGUUGAACCCAGUCUUGGAAUCAUGUUGUGCUUAGCUUGAUGUUUCCUUCUGCUAAUUAUUGUAACUCUUUGAUGCAUUGCAGUUUCCUU